AUGGUUACCGUUCUUCUGAUGGGAGAAACGCGUUUUUAUGCGCCAAACAAGGUCUGGAUUCUGAAGGAAGUCGGAAAUGGAUACUUUGCGUUUGGACUUGUCGUAACAGGUUACAUCUUCGACACAAAAUGCAAUGGAAAUUCCGUCAAAGGUUGCUCGGUCGCCAAUAUUUUUGUUGGCGGAAGUUUGGGCAUACUCGGACAGGCGGUGGCCGUCGAGGAGGCCGAUACUGUUCCAGUCUUCACAUGUUUGCCAGAGACCGUCCCGGUGGGCUUUGGUGUCGAUAUUGCGGUGCUCGAGGUGUUGUUGCAUGUCGAGGGUGUAUGUUAG